CACGCUUCGUCACUGGCGCGCACAACUUCCAAAACACAAACAUCACCAUUAUUCAGCCACAACGAAUCCAUUCCAUUUCCAAUCGCUCUCUCUCUCUCUAUCUUUCUCCGCAAGCUCUUUGUUCUGGAGUGCCCAGUGAGGGGGCACUGGAUCAGAGACGUAGUAUAUAAUAAACCAAAAAAAAAUAAAAAUAAAAAUGCUGGCCAUGAAUCUCAUCCGCUGCUGCUUAUCUCUUGCUCGGAGAUCUCCUUCCCAUUUCCUGAAUCUCUCCUCCUCGCAAACCCUAGCCUCUUCGUCAUCAUCUCGCUCUAAGUUGAUCACCUUCCAAACCAUGGUCUCGCGCGCUUACACGACGCGGUCUCAUCCUUCCGGGAAGCUACUCUUCCGUCAGCUCUUCGAGAAGGAUUCCUCCACCUAUACUUACUUGCUCGCCGAUGUCUCUCAUCCCGAUAAACCUGCUCUGUUGAUUGACCCAGUUGACAAGACAGCGGAGAGAGACCUUUCCCUUGUUAAAGAGUUGGGACUCAAGUUAAUUUAUGCUAUGAACACGCAUGUCCAUGCUGACCAUAUAACUGGCACUGGCCUCAUAAAGACCAAGGUUCCAGCUGUGAAAUCUGUCAUUUCUGAAGCAAGCAAAUCAAAAGCGGACCUCCUGAUUCAAGCUGGUGAUAAGAUAUAUUUCGGUGACCUGUUUUUGGAGGUUCGAUCUACUCCAGGCCAUACUUUAGGCUGUGUUACAUAUGUUACAGGGGAUGGCCCUGAUCAGCCCCAACCAAGGAUGGCCUUUACUGGGGAUGCCUUACUAAUACGUGGUUGUGGAAGAACUGAUUUUCAGGGUGGGAGUUCACAUGAACUGUACAAGUCAGUGCAUUCGCAGAUCUUUACAUUGCCCAAGGAUACACUAAUCUACCCUGCUCAUGAUUACAAGGGAUUCACCGUUAGCACUGUGGGCGAGGAGAUGCUCUAUAAUCCUCGGCUCACAAGAGAUGAGGAAACAUUUAGAAAUAUCAUGGAAAAUCUGAGCCUUCCUUAUCCAAAGAUGAUUGAUCUAGCUGUCCCUGCCAAUAUGGUCUGUGGGUUGCAGGAUUUAUCAGCAAAGCCUGUUGAGGCUAUCUCAAAUUGAACAUGGUCAG